GCGCAAAGUAGAGAAAAGGCAGGGGGUCACCUACCUCGUUGACCCCAUGGGACUGCCACCUAUAGGAUGAGCAAAAUCGAAUGAGUCUACCUCCGGAACGAGGAGGUAUGCAAGGGAGUUGAGGGAAAGGCCACCCAGAUGCCUGGAGCACGACGAGACUUGACAAUCCCGAGGUAUCUGCUGGUUCGCGAUACACCCGAGGAGGAUCUCAUCAAGAGUGCAGCGCGACUUUUACGAGUACGAGAUGAAACUCCUAUCGACUGGUUCAGCUUCAUUGGACUGCUUCGAAGUGGCGAGGGAUUUUUCCCUAAUACUCGCGCGGAUUUCAGAGCCAACACGGCUCGAACUUCCGACGAGCUUUACGGCUAUACUUUGAUCUUUGCUUUCACUCAGCCCAGUAUCUCCAGGAUGGCAAACAGGCUGAAGACAAUUUGCAGUUUAGAGAACUACAAAACCGAUAUGCGUGGUCUUAAUGCUCUCUCUGAACAUACAGAAUGCGACAUCCGGGCGUGCCUAAAUACCCUUCAGUUCCUGAAGCGAAAGGGAACACCACUUUCGGAGGUACGUCGUGUUCCCACUCCCCAUACUAUUCACUGAGCUAAUCGGACACAACGUGCAGAUUGUUUGGCACCACUUUGCUCGCAAUGGAGGAGGACAUGCAUGUUACAUGCUUGCUUGAGG